GGGAAAAAAUCAGAAUUAUGACCACCGCAACGACCACUAUUUCUCCCGCCGCGACAAUGUUUCUACUCCCUUCUCAUCAUCAUCAUCAUCACCAUCAUGCGCGGGUCGGGACACCCAUACCCCCGCUGGCGCCACCGCCUCAAUCUCCGGAGGAGGCGGUUGCAGAGCUUGAAGCAGAAGUCGAGCAAUUCCGCCGGCAGCUCUACCUGACACGGGGACUGUCCUAUCCCGGCCCUAAGAUGACCGCCGCAUUGCCUCGGCGGAAUACGACCGUUGCUGCUGCUCGGCAACAAUACGGCUUCGACGAGUUCCCCAGAAAGGUGAUCGGGUCGUCGCCAGUUGCUAACGCUGCUGUGAUUGCCGGCACUACUGCUACUGCUACUGCUGUUGCUUCUGCUGCUGCGGGUAUGUCUUGCUUGCUUGCUUACGUUUGAAACGGGGGAAUACAUGAGAGGAGGGAAAGAAGGAGAGGGAAAAAAAAGAGAAACAUGUCUUCCCCAUCAUCCAUCCCUUUCGAGUUGACGUCGGAAGUACUUUCUUUCCGAUAAGAUCGAUUGAUUGAACGAAUGGAGAGUGGUUGCAUGUAAUGUCAGGAGGAGGAAGGGAGAAAAUAGAGUCUUGUGAGUGCAAUGCAGCAACUAACCAGGGGGCGUUCUUGAUUCUUAAUAGCGGCUGAGCUCAAGACGGAAUUCUCGUCAUCCUCAUCACCACUGUCCUCCUCCUCAUCGACAUCGUCACUAUCCUCAUCAUUAAUUACUGCUGCUUCCGCUCAUCCAAACAGCAGUGGUGAACAUGGUGACAAUAACGCCCGUCUGCCAAAGACCUUCUCUCAGUUAAUGGAAGACCUCAUUAGAAUGCACUCGUCCACCGCCUCGCCUUCUGGUCAGAAAUAUUCUAAGGACCUGCUACAGGGGACGAUCGGGCAUCAUAAGGAUGCCAUGUUUGGCGCUGGAACUUAUUUUGGGAGCUUCACCUGAGUUUAGGUACUCUUUGCCUUUUAUUGCCCUUAUCGGGGUGGGGUAGCAAUGUGCGGGUGUUUCAUUUUACUUUUUCUCCCUGGUCUUGUUUCUCUUAUCUAUUGGUCGCUGGGUGGAUUAACUUAUCAAUGGGGCUUACCGGUAUUUCGUUUGCCUCAUUGGAUGGGAUGGUAUGGAUGGUGAGGGUCCACUGUCCCUUGGGGGUAUUUUUUUUUUACUCACCUAUCUCCCUGUUGUACCGAAGGUCUCGGACUUUUUUACAACAUUUCUUGGACCAGACGUCUCGAGCAUUUCCCCAUCCUUCUCUUCCCAUUUAAAAUUUCAUUGCGGGUGUUCCCCCCCCCCGUUGGUGGGAUUUCCUCCUUUUCUUUCUGUUAUUUUUCAUUCAAGGGGGAAGGAAAAAAAAAGUCUCUAUAGCUCCCUUGCUGAGCACUUUGUACAUGUACUGUAAUUAGCAUCAUAUCAUAACCAUCGCCGACAUACCCUACCCGCGGUAGUUGGAUUCGGUUUGAUCUGAUUAUUAUAUAUAUAUAUUAGUUUGGCACCAUCUAUCACAUAGUAGGAAUCUGGUGGAGUGGAAUCACCACCGUCAUCGCCUCCUUUUUGGGGGGGUAAAGGGAGG